AUGUUGUUGCCAUGGGAACUGUUAAUCCUUCUGUCACUCAAAGAGUGCCUGGCUGGUGAGAUGCCAAAAAAUGCUCGACAUGGUCCUGUCUUCACACAGGAGCCUAGUGACAGUAUUUUCCCACUGAGCACUGAUGAUAAGCUGGUGUUUAUUAAUUGCAAAGCAAAGGGAAAUCCACCUCCACGUUAUAGGUGGAAAGUGGAUGGGAGAGAAAUAAACACAGAGUCAGAUCAGAACUACAGCCUUGUAGAGGGGAACCUGCUGAUCAAUAACCCUCAUGUCAUCAAUCAUGGAGGAGUGUAUCAGUGCAUCGCAACUAACUCAUUUGGGACCAUUCUAAGCAGGGAAGCAAAGGUCCAGUUUGCAUUUCUGCAGAACUUCAGCAGGAAGUCAAGGAACACGGUAUCGGUGAGAGAGGGUCAAGCUGUGGUUCUGCUCUGUGGCCCUCCACCCCAUUAUGGAGAGAUAAAAUAUUCAUGGGUAUUCAAUGGACAGCGCAGUUUCCUGCAACAGGACGUCCGUCGUUUUAUCUCUCAGUGGACUGGAAACUUGUACAUAGCCAAAGUUGAAGCCUCAGACGCAGGGAACUACACAUGCGUGGUGAGAAACAUGAUGACCAAUGCGACAGUGUUCAGCUCUCCAACCCCUGUGGUGGUGCGGAGGGACGUAGUGAUGGGUGAAUAUGAGCCAAAGAUUGAGGUUCAGUUUCCUGACACCCUUCAUGUUUCUAAAGGAUCAUCAGUGAGGCUGGAAUGCUUUGCCUUAGGAAACCCUGUGCCUUCAAUCACUUGGAGAAGAGCUGAUGGAAACCCACUCCCUGGCAAGAUUAAAAUCAACCACUCCAGUGGGGUUCUGGAAAUUCCAUAUUUUCGCCCGGAGGAUGCCGGUGUGUACGAGUGUGUAGCCGAAAACAGCAGAGGACGAAAUGUUGCCAGAGGGCAACUUUUAUUCCACAAUGUUGAACAUCUGCACUGGCUCCAGACACUGAAAGAUGCUCAUAUGGCAAUUGGAGCUAAUCUGCAGUGGGAAUGUAAAGCCAUUGGCAAACCUAGGCCUACAUACAAAUGGUUGAAGAAUGGUCAGCUACUACUGGCAGAGGGGAGGAUCCAUGUGGACACUGGUAAACUGACAAUAUCCCGGAUUAGUCUGUCGGACUCUGGGAUGUAUCAGUGUGUGGCAGAGAAUGAACAUGGAGCCGUCUAUGCCAGUGCUGAGCUCAAGGUUGUAGCCUCUCCACCUGACUUCACCUGGCGCCCCGUGAAGAAGUCCACAGUCAUCCAGAGGGGGGGUGAGGUGGUCUUAGAGUGUCGCCCCCACGCUUCCCCGAAGGCCACAACCUCCUGGUGGAGAGGGGGUGAACUCCUGAAGGACAGCAAGAGACAGACUAUCAUGGAGGAUGGAACUCUGAGGAUCACCAACAUCAGCAAAUCGGACGGAGGCAGGUACACAUGUGUGGCCAGGAACCAUUUUGGAACAUCUAGCAGCACAGGAACCAUAAUGGUGAAAGAGCCCACAAAGAUCAUUGUUCCACCCUUGAGUUUGGACGCCACUGUGGGUCAGAGCCUUGUGUUGCCAUGCGAGGUGUCCAGCGAUUCCUCUCUAAGCCCCGUCUUCAAAUGGUUUUUCAACGGCAAACCAAUUGAUUUCAACAGGCAGGAGCACUUUGCCAUGAUUGGAGGGGGAUUUGCUGGUGACCUGAUGGUGAGGAACAUCCAGCUGAAGCAUUCUGGGAAGUACGUGUGCAUGGUACACACUGAAGUCGACACCGUCUCAGCAGCGGCAGACCUAAUUGUCAGAGGACCUCCCGGUGCCCCGGAGGGCCUGGUAGUGACUGACAUUACUGACGCCACUGUGCAACUGUCCUGGGGCUCUGGAUCCGACAACCACAGUCCUGUUACCAUGUACAUGGUGCAGGCUAGGACCCCCUUCUCUAUAGGCUGGCAGACUGUGAGGACAGUUCCUGAUUCUGUGCCUGGACAGAUGAUGCAUGCAACAGUGAAAGAUUUGAACCCCUGGGUGGAUUAUGAAUUCAGGGUGGUGGCAAUCAACAGUGUUGGUGUUGGAGAACCCAGCACGCCAUCAAAACAGAUUCGAACCAAAGCAGCAGUUCCCAAGGUUGCACCAGUUAAUGUGAGUGGUGGUGGAGGGGCUCGAGGAGAACUUGUCAUCAUGUGGGAGCCUGUUCCAGAGGAACAGCAGAGCGGAGAGGACUUUGGCUAUGUCGUGGCUUUCCGCCCACUUGGCAGCAACACCUGGAUUCAGACAGUGCUGGCAUCACCUGAUGCAUCAAGAUAUAUUUACAGAAACGACAGCAUCGCACCUCUGUCCCAGUUUGAAGCGAAAGUGGGAGUCUACAACAGCAUUGGAGAGGGGCCGUUCAGCCGUGUCGUUAAAGUGUUUUCAGCAGAGGAAGAGCCCACCGAUGCUCCGUCAAGAGUGUGGGCUCGAACAGUGUCAGCCUCUGAGAUCGAGGUGUACUGGGAACCAAUUCCCCCUGGGUCCAGCAGUGAGAAGAUCCUUGCAUAUGAGGUUCUCUUCUGGGAGAAAGGAUUUCAGCAGAGUGAAGCAGAGAGAGUGAGGGUUAUCGACACCACAGCUCUACUCUCUGGCUUGAAGGGCAGCACGGUAUAUCUGAUCUCAGUCAGAGCCCAAAACAGCGCUGGACUUGGACCCUGCAGCCCUGCUUUUAACAUCACCACCAAGAAACCUCCACCAAGUCAGCCCCCAGGGAAUAUUGAGUGGAACUUGACCAACUCGAAGAUCUCUCUAAAUUGGGAACACGUCAAGGCGAUGGAAAAUGAGUCUGAGGUGACAGGAUACAAGGUUGUGUAUCGUCAGAACUGGCAUGGUAGGACUACUGUACUGGAAACCAAUAAGACCAGCGUAGAGCUUCAAAUCCCCUCCGGAGAGGACUACCUCAUUGAGAUCAAAGCUCUGACCAAGGGGGGCGAUGGCACCAGCAGUGGCCCCAUCCGCAUACCAAAGAUGUCCAGUAAGUUUCAAAUAGUCUGCAGCAUGCAAAUGAAUAGAGUUGGAAUUAAGCAGAGGAGCACUGGGAUGGGAGCGCCGUGUGUAACUAAUCCCUCGUGUGACUGA